GUCAUAUUUUACACCUGCAACUUGACUGCUGUGCUGACUCUCCCAGUCUACCCUCCCAGGAUGAAGACGAUCGAGGAUCUCGCAUUCAGCGAUCUCAGGCUGUGCAUGCUUGACUACGGAGAGUUCGUGCCCGGCGCCCUUGCCAGCUCCAGCGACGCCGCCCUCGCCGCCCUGGGCGCCAAGACGGACCUCACGCCCCACCUAAAGGGGUUGGACUACAACGGCGAGGAGGCCUGCGUGGAGCGGGUCCUGGCCGGCACGCACGCGCACACAGAGACGUAUUCGUACGCGAAGCUCAUCUACAGCGACCUCGGUCACGGGGCUUCCGUGUACGCGAUGAAGCCGCAGCUGUACGAGGGGAACCUGGCGUUCUUCUUCAGGAGAAAGACGCCCUGGAAGGACAAGUUCAACGACGGCAUAAAGCGUCUGGUGGAGUCCGGGCUGGUGCAGAAGUGGUACAAUGAGAUCAUGAAGGAGAAGACUGCAGCAGUAACGAGCGGUCCCUCGGGGCUGACGUCCCUGGCAGUCGCCCACCUCCAGGGCCCCUUCAUCCUGCUGGCGCUGGGGUUGCUGCUUGCCCUCCUUGCCUUCGCCGCUGAGAUCGUCUCCAACGGAAUCGGACACAGAGCGAAGGGCUCCCUAGAAGGUGGAGGAAGAGGCUCUGGCGAGGCGCUUGUUGACCGGAGAUUGGGAGAUAUAGAGGCGUAGAAACAGAAACAGAAACACAUUCACUCAUACAC